AAGUUAAAUGCAUUUGUUUACGGAACGGCUGCCUAAGUGGCUAUUAGCGGACCGACAAGCGCUCUGCUGCCUGUGACGCGCACAGCGCUCGGAAGUGACAACAGCUGACGGGUGAAGCGUGAGUGCGUCGUGCUGUGCGCACACUGUUAGAACACGCCGAUGCUGGCUGUGGAGUAGCGUGUUCCCUGUUGUUAGACACCUCUGGGACGGCUUAUACGGGUUUGGCUGGAUUGAACUAACAGUUCAUUUUUAAAUUUGACCUUACCUUCGUUACUCUCCUCCCCCUGUGUGUAGUCAGCGCGACCUGCUAAUUACCCAUGCGACCAAGACGCAGCAUUCUUCCCAGGCAGACUGGUGAUGCAGAGGCACCUCCGACGCAGUCCUCCGUUUUUGUGUUCGUCAUGCGGGACGCUUGCCCGGCUUUUGUAACUUUUCUGUGUAAUUGACGGCUGGCAGCGUGAGGCGAAUGCCUUCAUCUGUGCGGUGCACACUGUAGACGAAGUCCUGAGCUCGACUCCGCUAGAUCGAGAGCAGUAGGACAGAUACAGAGGAGCGACGCCCUUUUAAAUGAGGGGAGACGUUCAUGCCCAGUAAGAAAUGCGCCAGUGUGGACCUGCGAGUUGGGGACCUUGGUGUGACAAAACGACCGAGUGACGGACAUUGCGUGCGGCCGUUACAGAGGUUAAAAGAGCUGGAAACAGACAAGGCUUAUCGGCAUUUGAUAGCCGACUCCUUGUAACUGGAAGGAGGCAGCGGAUCCCACGUGAAAGCGGCUUUCUUUUUCUCUGAGUGGAGUGGAUAUUUCUUGAUCGUUUCUUCCGAAGGCUCAGAAUGACUAAAAUUGAAAAGAAAAGCGGCGUGCCAUCCGCGGAAUGCUUAUCUGAGGACCACAUGAAUGGAUCUAUGGAUGUGGGGGUGUCCAAGUCUGGUGAUGCCCCCAGGGUCAGGGCCUCCAAGCAGCUCUCCAGGGAGAACAGUUUCCGCAAGCAAGCGGGGCCUCAAGUCUUUGAUGAUGGGACCAAUACUUUCUUUUGGAGAGCCCACACAUUGACCGUCCUUUUCAUCUUGACAUGUACUUUGGGCUAUGUGACAUUGUUUGAAGAAACUCCUCAGGACACGGCCUACAAUACAAAAAGAGGGAUCAUUGCAAGCAUUUUGGUCUUCCUGUGCUUUGGAGUAACUCAAGCCAAAGAUGGGCCUUUCACUAGACCACACCCAGCAUAUUGGCGUUUCUGGCUCUGUGUCAGUGUGGUUUAUGAACUCUUCCUCAUAUUCAUUCUCUUUCAGACUGUGCAUGAUGGACGACAGUUUAUGAAAUACAUUGACCCAAAGCUGGGCGUACCAUUGCCAGAGAGAGAUUAUGGAGGAAAUUGCCUUAUAUAUGACCCAGGAAACAAAACCGAUCCCUAUCACAAUGUCUGGGACAAGCUGGACGGCUUUGUUCCUGCACAUUUUAUUGGCUGGUACAUUAAGACACUGAUGAUCCGUGACUGGUGGAUGUGUAUGAUCAUCAGCGUCAUGUUUGAAUUUCUUGAGUACAGCCUAGAGCAUCAGCUACCCAACUUCAGCGAGUGUUGGUGGGACCAUUGGAUCAUGGAUGUAGUUGUCUGCAAUGGCUUUGGAAUUUAUUGCGGGAUGAAGACACUGAAAUGGCUCUCUAUGAAAACAUACCAAUGGCAGGGUCUGUGGAACAUUCCAACUUACAAGGGAAAGAUAAAAAGAAUUGCAUUCCAAUUUACUCCAUAUAGCUGGGUGAAGUUUGAAUGGAAGCCAGCAUCUAACCUGAGAAGAUGGCUGGCUGUCUGUGGAAUAAUUUUUGUGUUUUUAUUGGCUGAACUUAACACCUUCUACCUGAAAUUUGUUCUUUGGAUGCCCCCAGAGCAUUACCUGGUUCUACUUCGUUUAGUUUUCUUUGUCAAUGUUGGAGGUGUAGCAAUGAAGGAAAUUUAUGACUUUAUGGAUGAUCCAAAAUUCCAUAAAAAGUUGGGACAACAAGCCUGGUUGGUUGCUGCAAUAACAGCCACUGAAUUUCUCAUUGUGGUUAAAUACGACCCUCAUACCAUUACAUUGCCGCUCCCAUUCUACAUCACCCAGUGUUGGAUUUUGGGUAUUAUUCUCAUCCUUACAUGGACGAUAUGGCGAUUCUUUAUACGGGACAUUACGCUGCGAUACAAAGAGACAAGAAAACAACAGCAAGAAAAUAGUAUGGAGAAGGAGAAGCCCCUGAGCAAUGGUAAAACCAAUUCUACGGUUCGCAGCAAAACGAACAACAGUGGAGAGGAACUCUGGCUUGGAAAAUCUUGAGAUGCAUCGUGGGAUUACUGCGAUGCUUAUGACAGGCCAAGCAAUGCUGCUAUUUUAAAGACUGCUAACUUCAGGAUAACAGGGCUUAUUAGAGAGAUGCAUUUUUAAUAGAAAGCCAUGCCUUGAUGUAAGAAUUCUUGAAAUGAAUGGACUUUAUCAAGCCGUGAAAAAUUAUGCGAUAAUCCUCUUAAACUACUGAAAGUUGGGUGUUGGAGAUUAGUGAGUGUUUUUUGAUUGAGUGUUGGUGGGUUUUUGAAAGGGAGUGUUAAACUGACAAUAUAUAAACUAUAAAACUUUUUUAAAAAGGGCAAGGCAAAGCAACUGUCCUCUUCUUUUAGUUGCAUAUUUGUUUUUAUAUUUUUAAAUUUACAGAAGAGCAAAUGUGAAUAUAUUGGAAGGUGUGUGUGUGUUUUUUUUUUUUUGUAGGUAAUUGGGGAAAUGUGUGUGGCUUUUUUUUUUUUUUUUUUUGGUUCCCACUUUAUAGACAUUUCCCAUUUUUGGGCAAGUGCUGUCUCCUGGCACUGGAAGCAUUCAUUAUUUCAUCUGAUUGUAGCUUAAGGUAGUGGUUUUUAUUACAGAUUUAAUUUCUUUCAUGAUGAGCAACCUCGAACAAUUUAAUCAUCGUUUCCAACACACAGCUAACAAAACGGAUCCAUCCGUGUAUUUGUUUACAUAUCAGGGCAUUGGUCUUAACAAUAAAGUACAUUCAAAAAUAAAGUAAUCUUUGCAUACCAGGCACCAAAGAUGACUCCUGUGACAAUGGGUGUUGUAGCGGACAAUGGCUAAGGUAUCUGCAGUUGUUUACCAAAUAUCACUGUAAGUGUUUUCAUCACAAAUAGAAUCUUCAGUGUCAUUUAGGCAAAAAUGUGGUUAGAGAAAGAUGGCUGAACAGCAGAGGAAAAGAGUACUGCAGAGUCAUUGUGGAGUACAUUGUGAGAAUAUUCUGUGUAACACUCUGUAUACUCUUUACUGAGACACUAAAAUUAAUAUUCUUGAAGACAAUCAUAGUGGCAUUAUGUUUUAUGCACAAGUGCUUUACAGAAGGGUGUUUGUCAGGUCAACCAGGCAGAUCUAACUCCUUAUGAUAAUGCAACACAUUAAAAAAUGCACAGCCAUGGGAAGAAAUCAAACAAAACAGGGAAAGAUGAUCCUAAACUAAAUUCUACCAAAAAUGUAAGCGUUUAUUCUCUGCUUGCACUGUGUAAUCCUUGGUCUAAGUUGAUCUCCUCUUCUGUAAAGAACACAGAUUCGCGUACACAGUGCAUAUCAAAUGCAGUCAGCACUGACCAUGUUUGUCUGUUCAUCAACCCACUAUAUUGUCUUCAUUAUUCACCUGGUAGACACUAACGAUCCAUUCAUCCAUUUUCCUAACCUGCUUAUCCAAGGCAGGGUCCUGGAGCAGCUGUAGUCUGUCCCAGCAAUUACUGAGUGCAAGUCAGGAACACUACAUAGACACAAUGCCAGCACAUACACACAAACACACACACCCUCUCUAAGAUGUUCUUCCAAGUUAUGUUUUUGUCUUAUUACUUUUAGUAUUAGGAUGUGGGUUAGUGGAUGACACAGACACCGAAUAGAUUGCAUCUUCUCAGACUUUUAUUAUUGCAGCUGCAUUGUUCACAUUAUAUAAGUACAUACCUUUAAACAAGUUUUCUUGAACUGUAAAUGUUACUUAAAUUAUGGAAACAGUUUGUUCUUUAAAAUACGAUGUUACAUUAGUGACAUUGGUAAACAAUUUUUAGUAUGCAUACCCAAGUCUCAUGGUUGCUCUUAUUGCCACAGCUGUCAUCUUUGCUUUACACUAUGUAACGUUUAUUUUUGAUUGUAUCUUAUUUAUUGUAUAUUUAUAUACUCACAAGAUAUGAUCAAAACAUUCUAAGAUUUUGUCAGUUAUAUGUAGUAAUAACAAGCCAGUGAACUAUGUGGAGUUAUGUCCAACAGAGAAAUAUUAAUUCAUCCAAGGAAUAAAUCGAUUCGUCCAUGAGAAAAGCGUUUUCAGAGAUGGUCUUAGCUGUCGCCCCUAUCAUAAUUAAAAUGGAUAGAAUAGAGGAGCAAUAUGUGCGCAUCAAGUGUUGUUGAGAAGAUAAUAAAAGUGGCACAGAAGUCCUCAGAAUGUGUUGGUGGUGUUUAUCUUAGUAAGGAUCUCAUUUAUCCAUGGAAAAAACAUGUCCAAAAUGAGAGAGAAUCAUUUAAAGAUGGUGCACAUUCAGUGUAGCCUUCAACAUCCAUGGUUGUAAAGUUGAAAAGAACAAUUCAAAACGAUCAAAUCUAUAAUAGUUUACAGGCAAAUGCAGUUACAAACUUUCCAGAUUACAUCACACACACACACAUACAGACAAGGAUUUGUUUAAACACACAGUCUACCAAAACAAACUGAUUAAAGCUGAUGGCACAUUAAGCGAGUUCUAGUCAUGGGAUAUGUCAGAUACGCGAACCACAAUCACUGUUCUCAUUGUCAGCCCAUGUGAAUUUAUAUCACUGAAAAUCGUUUGCAGUGUCACAUUUAGCGAUCGCAUGCCAACCCUCCAGCACAGUUGUGCACACCACUUUUUGUGACAGCCAGCACCAUGCUGCCUGAGAGAGUUGGUACUGUAUAAAAAGUUCAGCUGUGUCGAGUUUAACAGCAGUCACGGCCCUUUUUACUUAUUCCAUCAUGGUUCAUAAAAUGUGAGACAUCAGAAAUACAAGCCUCUCUUCUGUCUGGGAGGUCUAAAGCCCCCGUGCUGCCUGACGGGGCCAGUAAUUGUACCUAGGGGUUAACAGAUACGUUCACCCAAAGCCUCAGCCCUUUUUUUUCUUUUCUUUCUGUCUUUUUUCCAUUCUUCCUUAGUAUGUAAAACAUAAGACAUCAGAUAAAUAAUCUUGUCUUCUGAAUUAACAUCCGUAUUCCCUAUUUCUCGUCACUCCAUUCUAUGCAUUGUACUUCCGGAUGAGCACUCAUUGGUCAUCAGCUCUCAUGCACUCGGAGCCCACCCCUCCAACUAAAGGCAAAUUCAAACUUACUAGAUUUUAUCAUUGUGAGUCGCAGACUAGUUGGACUAAGUCACUGGAUAUGUUACAUUUAGCAAUUGGCUUUAUGGGAGCGCCGCUGACUCGUUAAGAUAAGACUACAAUUGAAAAUUGUAGUGAAAAAUUGCCUAACGUGACAUUGCCUUAAUAAAGAGGGAACCUAAAAAGUAUCUGUCCAUUGACAUAAUCAUUUAACAAUGGCCAGUUGACAACAACUGAUAGAAAAAUUGAAAAUCCAGUCAGCAACAUCCCUGGGGAAGAUAAACACCCAGAGAGACUACAGGGGCAGCCAAAAUGAAAUUGAGGCACUCCUUGUGUGAUAUUGAGCUAUACAAGAAAUAAAUUGUUAUUGUUAAAACUCAAGUCAGACACAGGUGUGGAGUCCUUAAGACCUCGGCCUACCGGUCACCCACCCCCCUUCUGCCAUUCUGCAGUGGACGCUGUGCUGGGCCAUGUAAUCUGAUGACAAAAUCAUUUCAUCCAUUAAUUCAAAGGUUCACAGUAUUUCAGGUGAUUUUCCUGCGAGUAUUUAAGCCGUCUGGAAUUAAUUUCACCAUCUACUCCCAAAAGUCAAAGUAAAACUGACUGGCUAGAAAUUUGAUAACGUUCCAACCAUCCUGAAUAGUGCAAGAACAGAAGCUAGCCUUAUCACAGUUGAUUUAUUGCUUGUCGUUUCUGAAAAGUACAAAAGUGCAGGGACAAAUGUGUAUCAUUGAGGGAAUUACAUUGAAGGUGACAGCACAUUGUGAUGUUUAGAUUUUAUUAUUUGAUAUAAAUGAAUGUUUUGAUCACCCCUCGUGUAUAUAUACAUUGCAUUUACAUUGCUCUAUUUUAAGAAUUUUUCAUUAGCCUAUGCCUUUUCAAAGGUUAGCUUCUGAAAUGUAACACAUGUCCAGUUUGCAUGAAGCAUCAGGAAACCAUCUGUCUGUGGUGAUAUUCCAUGUGAACUUGACAGAUUUUUUUAUUUUGGAAAAAAUACGAAUAUUAAUGCUGCUGUUCUACUUAUGAAGGAUGUUACAUGUGCAGUUAACCUGGUGUGGUGAUUUGAACCCUGGUGAUAUUAGUCCCACUGUAUGUUGUAUAUUUAUUAUGGUGGAUGAUGUUCUUCAUGUAACUGUACACUUUCUCGAAAGGAGGCUUUGUGAUCUUGUGGACUUAAUUAUUCACCAGUCACCCAAAUCAGCCGGUUGCUAUUAUUAUUUCAAUGCUGUUAUCAAAACAUAUUGCACAUUUGACACAACAGAAUGCCCGGGAUUUUAUAUUUCCACCUUCAUGGUUUUUGGAGGGGAAUAUAAUCCUUUACAGUAGUUGUGUUCAUAUUUACAAAAUUCAGAUUCAUACUUGCAUUUGGACUUUUACCUCAGAUUUGCUUAUGUGGUCUCACUAAGCAAAUAAAACCUGCUGCAAUAAAAAGGUUGACACUAAUGUGUAAGGGAUGGUCAUUUUAGGUCAAUCCAACUCUAACAAACAUGUCUAGGAUAACUUGUAAUUGUGGGGGAUUUUAUUUUGUAAUGUAAGUAAUGUUUAACUAUGAAGAUUUUGAAAGUAUUGAAAAUCAAACUUGUUCUAAAAGUGUGUCUUUUUAUUUUUUUUAACUUUAUUUACAUUUUUGUUGUUUAAUACUUUUUAACUUGGUGCUAAUAUGUAAGAGUGCACCUAAAAAAUAUGGCAAUGCUGUUAUAAAGCUGAAAUUAUCGGGUCACGUAUGUCAAAAUUUGGGUGCACCAACACUGCUACGUUUUCAUUUAAAACUGCACACAUUUGUCUCCGUUUCUGCCUUUUGUACCCCAUUAUCAUGGCAUUUUUAACUCCCAAAAAUUGACAUUUUUGAAGACUCUCUCCAGGGCCAUAUAUUUCUGAAAGUGCCAGUUCAGCAUUGCAGAGUGGAUGGGUGAAAGUGUAGAGCUUUCAAAAUGCAGACUCAUAAUUGCUAAUUGGUCCAUGCUUAUUACGUGGACCUUCCCUGAUUGGAUCCUGCUCGUUACAUUUCCACAGCUACUUUGCUCACCAUACACUUGUGUGGUGCUCUCAACAAUUCCACUUCAUCGUCAGUCCAGACAAAACCAUCGUUUUUUGUUUUGUAUUUUCAUAUUUGCCGUUGCUGCUCUGGGUGUGUAAACGCAAGCUGUAAAUUAAUAUCUGACACAGAGGACAAUUCCUCUUCCUGUUUCCACUGAUGUCUGCGUGCCCAGUGCAGGUGAAUAGCUAAGUCAUAGGCAUUUUUGAUCAUAUUAUUGAAAACGCUAUUGUGGAAUUGUUUUUCAUUUAAAAAUUUAAAUAUAAAUAUAGCAUUGUGGAUGUCACAUGCAUUUUCAAUACGAUUCCACCUCAUCAUCAAUCCAAACAAAACAAUCAUUUUUUCAUUUUUCAUGUUCGCCACAGCUAUUUUUUGUGUGUGAACACAAGCUGCAAGUGAAAGUCUAACAUGGCGGACACUUCCUCUUCCUAUUUCCGCUGAUGUCUGCAUUCCCAGUGCAAGCAAACAGCUACGUUCUUAUUGUUUGAAAAUGCUAAUGUGGGCAGGCAUCAUUUUUCAUUUUAAAAUUCAGUUUUUAAAUAAAGCAUAGAAACAAUAAAACAUUGUGUAGCUUUUAUAAUGACAUUGACGAAGUGCCUGAAGCUACUCAAGCUGAGAUUGGGUCAAGUCAUCUUUUCACAGAGUAGCGCAGAAAUAAAAUGCCAAAUGGAGGGGGUCUCUCUAGACAACAGACUUUGAUAUUUAUUGAGACAAGAAAUUGUGGUGGCCUUCUUGAUGAAUGAGGGUCAGUUUAAAUGGUUUGCAAUAAAAUGGCAUUGAUCGAUAGCCCAAUCUCAUUUUAAAAGCAGUUUGGAAGGGAACAACAUUCAUUUCACAUAGAAGGAUUAAAAUAGUUCCCAGAAGGUAUUUCAGCCAAUAAUAUUGAUCUUCAUACUGUAGAUAUCUACAAUAAUUUGUUUUGCAGAAUUAUUUUACCAGACCUGAAGGCCCAUCUUGGCCGCUUGUUAGAGUUUUGAGCAGACAACAGACUUAGAAAACAAAAGCUUAAAAACUGAAUGCAUCUAUUUAUUUCAAGCCAAGACAGUUAUCGAAUAUUGAUCCACUUCUCAUGAUUGCAUACACCUUGUAAAUUAGUUUAAAGAUGUCAUUUUUUAACAAAAUCAUGAGAUUCUAACAUUUUAAAAGGAGAUGUAAUAACCUUUCAUCCUUCUCAAGGUGUGGUUUCCCAUCGAAGGACUAAAAUCAUGUUAAACUGUUCAUGCUACAUGAUUUUUUUUAUCUAUUUAUUUUUUUUACUUCCAUAUUUAUGUGAGAACUCCCACAACUGAAUAGAAAAUGUAUUCUUAUCUUGAGAAAAAUAGUACCAGAAACAUGCAGUGAAAUGAUUGUUUCCAGAUCGCUUUUGCUGUCACAAACAUGCAUCGGAAACAUGGAAGGGAUGUUGUCUUAAAUUCAGAACUUUGAAUUUAAUCCUUGGAUUUAAACCUUUGUGUUUUAGACUGAAAGUUUUCCGGUGGCACCCCAUGCCCUUAAAGGUUGCAGUGUGAAAAAGCUAGGACUGAAUAUGUGUGUUUUUUUUUUUUUUAAUUCAUAGAAAACACUAAACUUUAGAAUAUAAUUUCAUGUUGUAAAUGUAUAUAUGCCCUGCUUAUGAAGAUAUAAGUUUGACUUGAAAAAUAGCAAAGUUAUCCUUUAAUUUGAUGUCGGUCUUUGUCUUUAGUUGAACUUUCCGGCACCGUAAUCACAUGGUUUACUGAAGGUCUCUGCCAUCUCGGAGGCUGAUAAUAACGAGACUUGCAGCUGCCUUUAAUGAUGCAGCAUGGCUUAUAGUACACAUGGAUCAGAUCUUUUUUAUUAUUUUUGUAAUUUUACUUUUUUUAUUUUAAUACUUAAGAAUAUUAAGUUUGUUUUAUCCUUUUUUUCUUUUAAAUAGCACACAAUUAACAAUGGGAAACAAUGUGGUGCCAACGUGAAGUACACAUUCCAUGUUUAACUAUGUGCAUUGCCAUUAUUAAUUAAUUCCUUUAAUAAAGUAUUCACAGGUUCAGUGGUUGUACUAAAAUCCUGUUCAAAAAUGUUUUGUUAAAUUGUCCCAGCGAAAUAAAAUAUACACUUCUGAGAA